AUGCGCCUUGAGUGUGCGCAUGACCUCAUUCGUAAUGACCCCCUCCUUUGUUUCGUUCUGUAUCGACCGCCGCCGUGCGGGUAUGGGCCGCCGGACACUCACCAGCUUAUCGACAAGUUAAGCGCUGGCAUACAAAGCUAUGAAGCCCCCACAUCUUGUUCAACGUUGGAAAAGUCCAAGAUCAUAUCCCAUACGAGUCUGCGAACCGUUCUUUACAGGGAAAGCUGGAUUUCGGACCUGGCUCAAGAUGUUCGGCUGCUGCGGGGUAGGCUCGCUAUCGCCUACCUAUACUUGCUGCAGCACGGCGCAGGAUUACGCGCCAUGCCUGUUCCAGAGAAACCCCAGCUUAUCAGACGCUAUUCCGAGAUUCGUUCCCGCUCUGUUGUCAUCGAAAAGGUCAUCUUCUGA